UUCAAUCAGGUAGACGAGACAAACAAACCAGGAAGUGUCUACGCGAACAUAUUUCGUAUCAUCGUGUCGUAUACGUUUUUAACAUGUCCAGUGAAGUCCGAUAUUGCGACAAGUGCUCUUACCUCUUUCUCAAGUUCUGCUUAAUCGUAUAUGCAACAAUUUUCUGGCUGAUAGGGGGCUUUAUUUUGGCCAUCGGCAUUUAUGCGGAGGUGGAGAGGCAACAGUACAAAACGCUGGAAGGAGUAUUCCUGGCUCCUGCCAUUAUCCUCAUUUUGCUUGGUGUGAUCAUGUUCAUCGUCUCCUUCAUCGGCGUUCUGGCAUCUCUCAGAGACAACUUGUGCCUUCUCAAAGUGUUUCUUUACAUGCUGGCUCUCUGUCUCAUUUUGGAGCUCGUCAGUGGGAUUAUUGCUUUGAUCUUUAGAAGACAGACAGAGGACCUUCUCAACAAAAACAUCCGUAAAGGCAUGGUCAAUUACUAUGAUGACCUGGAUUUCAAAAACAUCAUGGACUUUGUUCAGAUAAAGUUCAAAUGUUGUGGGGGAACAGACUUCUCAGACUGGAAGGUGAACAUGUAUCACAACUGCUCUGCUCCUGGUCCGCUAGCGUGUGCAGUGCCUUACACCUGUUGUCUAAGCAAGCCUUCUGAAGUUGUUAAUACAAUGUGUGGAUACAAGGCCCUGCAGAGAGAGAGGCUAGAAAAUAUAGAUGUGAUCUACACCCGUGGUUGCACGAAUGCCGUCUUCAUUUGGUUCAUGGACAACUAUAAAAUCAUGGCUGGACUUCUUCUGGGCAUCUUAGUUCCUCAGUUUUUUGGUGUGAUCUUUACCUGGCUAUAUAUCACUCGUGUGGAAGAUGCCAUCGAAGAGUAUGGACACUAUAUGGAUGGUCUGCUGGACGGCGGACCCCAGGGGAACAAGCACCAAAGCAAGUGGGCCAAAUGUUGCAAAUGCAUGCCUUUGAUUGACUGAGUGCCAUCUCCUAAAAAGCCUUAAAUUUGAUAAAAACAAAAGGUAUAUACAGUUACUAUGACAUGCUGUGGAUGAAAUGAACGGUUUGUAGCAAUGCAAAACACAACUGUCCUGUACUGUACUUUUGUAACAUCAACCACAGACUAAUGCAAGAAAGCUAUUUUUGAACUGUCAAUAUCAUUUUCACUGUUACUCUCAAGAUUCAUUAUUUCACCUGUCAGUUGAAAAUGGGUAGUUUUUUGUCAAAAUUGACCAAUGCUAGGGCUGACCUUCUGUCUUAGGAUCUUUCUACUAAAUCAGACCUGAAGCAGAACACUAACAUUUCCGUCAUGUCGACAGUCCAAAUGCCUUUAGAUUUUACAAAGCUUAGUUCUGUUUAAUGGGGAACCUGUUUGGAAAAUUGGCACCCUGUAAGUCUCAGGUAAGGAAAUUCAAGGUUUCUUUUUUCCAGCGUGAACAGUGCUCUUCACAUGUGAACUUAUACCGUAAAUGUCUAUGAAAACGGCAGCUACAUUGAGCAUAAUAUGAGUGCUGUCAGUUUUGUUUGUACAUUGUAUCUAAGAUGAGUAACAUAAUAAAUCCUGGCUACAAACAUUACCACACUUAAAAGCUGUGUAAAUCCAAUCCUUUAGUUUACCAUAUUUGCCUAUAAAACUUUUUUUUCUUAAUUAUUUGAUAAUUGUUUUACUUCAGAUUGAGUCUUUACCUGAAACAGGG